AUGUCGAAACCUACCAAGUCCGAGCUCUAUCUCAAAGAGCUCGACUCAGCCAGAUUGCGCGGCAACUGGCUCUCGGAGCAACCAAGUCAUUCGGGCAAGCCGCUACCCUGGAAGGAACUCCUUCGCAAGUUUGCUAAGCACAACGCUGACAGACCAUCCCUCGCCGCACUUGCAACGCAAGAACAGCAACUCAAAGCCGCCAUCCACAACUUUUAUGUCGACUCGGAGUACACCGAUGCAUCCCACCUUGCCGACUACAAGGUGUAUCCACGUGCUGGCGAUGCCACCCUUUUCCCUCCCAUCAUGAAGUCCGGUGCGGAAGGCGUUGGCUGGUCUACAGAAAGCGUCUCACAGAUCGCCGACCGCGUGCUCGAGUACGGCGAUGGACAGAACAGGCUCGCUGCUCUUUCAUUGCGCGCUUUAGCUCUCUUUGCUCUGGGUCGCGAUGACGAGGCGGUCGACAUUUUGCAUCGCGAAAAGUUCAUCGAGACCGCAGGCGAAGCUGCCCUUACCCCCGAGAUCCACAACAGUGCGUUGACAGGUCUCGUUUUGCAAGCCUUCACCAUUUACGGCAUGGCCAACGAGCGCCUUCUCUUGACCAAGAAUGAGCCGGGCUACGCUCCCUUUGCUCUCGCCGGCUAUGCUCGUGCCAUCGAGCUCCACGAGUCGGUUCGUGGAGGAAAGAAGGCCAAUGCUCUUCGAGGUUUGCAAGCGGACGAGAUCGAGCGAUGGGCCGAGCUUGCUCUCUACCGCAAUGCACUUCUUUCCAUUCGGGCCGGCGAGCCAGUGCAGAGUCUGAACGCGCUUCGAUCCUAUCAGGCACAUGCCAGUCGAUGGCACAACGAGUUCCGUCUCCCACAACGCAACGUCAUUCACCGAUACUACCUGCGUGUUCUCAACCGCUCUGCUGAGCUAGGCACCUACGCUGAUCCUCCCGAGCUGCCUCCACCUAGCCGUGAUGACUGGAGGAGCAAAGCCUACCAGCUCUCAGUCGUCGCCAUGGUUGCUUCCCGCGUUCAGAUCCGCGAUUACGAGUCCGAGCGUCUUCACCGCGAUCCUGCCGCCAAGCGUAUUGCGCCCACGUUCACCUCGCAACGCGUCACCUCGCGUACCGUCUCGAAGCGUCGUCCUCAUGCCUACCGCGAACUGCGUGCUCCCAGUGUCUCAUGGUCCAACGAAUCGCUCACUGCUCAGCGAGCUGCCUUCUCAUCCUUACAAAAGUCGACGGCAUUCCCCAAGGCUGGCCACAUCAACGACGAGGUGCUUGACUUUGCCGACCAGAUGAUCAAGGCUUGGGAGAUCAAUGGCGAGCUUGGUGGUGAGCAGGCUGACGACCUAGCCGACAUCUUGCACGGGCUUGUUCAGUUGACUUUCCACUCGCAGCGUGUCGCUCGCUAUUUGGUGAGGUUGCUGUUUGCCGCCGAGUGCUACGACGAGGGCAAGCGCGCUUUGCAAACCUACGUUCAGAUUGUGGAGAAGGCGAGGGAAGCAGAGCAGGGCUCCAAUAAGGACUCCUCGGACAGCAACAAGGAGCUUAAAGCGAUCGAGAAUGGAGAUGCCAAACACGAGGCAAAUGGAGCAAACCCAGAGACCGUCACGUCCUCCAAGGACUUUGACAGUGACGAAGUCUACGCCAACACGCUGGCUCAUGGUGCAUACUACGUAGGUCGAUAUUGCAACGACUUUGCUUUGGCGGACAAGAUGGCUAGCAAGGCUCUCGCUGUGGUACAAGACGGCUCCUCGGGCAAGUACAAGUCUGCCUUCGAAAAGAACGCCUUGUUGCUUGCUCGUCUCAAACGCGUCAGUGGAUUUGCGAGAGCCGGUCUAGCCAUCGAGCUUGCCGACCCAAUUCGUAGACCUGCACUGCAAUCCGAGGCGCUCGCCGAACUCACUGCUGCGGUUCAACUCGACGACCAGUCCUCCGAAGCCUACUAUCAGCUUGCUUACCUGCAGGCUGAGCUGCGGGAUGUUCACUCUGCUCUCCAAUCGGCACGCAAAGCAGUCGAGCUUGAGCCUGCGGAUGUCGAGUCCUGGCACUUGCUCGUGCUUCUCCUAUCUGCACAGAAGAAGUACAAGGAUGCAUUCAAGAUCGCUGAAGUGGCUCUCAACGAGUGCGAGAACGAUGACCACAGUGUCAGCCAAAGUGUCAAUGGACCUUCGCCUGCUAACUUUGCAGCUUCGCAGCUGUUGAGUGUCGAUUAUCCACCCAAGCCAUUGGAGAGGAACGAGUCGAUCUUGCGCUUGAUGGUGACCUACAAUGCACUGGAGGAGCUUAAUGAUGGUGUCGAGAGUGCGAUUGCUGGGCAGAAGGAGCUGUUCACAUACUUCCACCGCGUGUUCCCUUACGCUGCUGCGGCUGCUGCUGCUGCGUCGGCGGGAGGAGCAGCUGGUGCGGGCGGAGGAGACAGCAGGGAUUCGCGAAUGUCGAAGGAUCUGGGUGGUCUGCGACGCUAUGGCUCGCUUGCUUCGGUUGGCGGUGGUGGACAGAACAGCAACGACACGGCGCUUGGACGAUCUCAGACUACUGCAGGUCGAGCGAGGUCGUAUGCUCAGCGAUCGGCCAGUGCCGCUGCAGGAACGCAGAAGAGUAAUGCAGCCAUCUUGCCUGGCAUGGCGCUCGGUGACCUUGACGAAGAUCUCUCACGCUCCGGUGCCGAGCGAACGCUUCAACAUCUCAAGCGACAGUCUCUUACACUUGCCAAGAUCUGGCUCAUCUCCGCUGCAAGCUUCCGACGUGCCAACCAGCUCAAAGAAUGUCGAUCCGCUAUUCAGGAAGCCGAACGCUUACAGCCAGGCUUGGCAGAUGUAUGGGUGCAAUUGUCGCUGUACUUUGCCGCUACUCAACAGACAAGGUUGGCUGUUGACUCGCUGCACAAAGCCCUCGCUUGUUCUGGUGGCGAUGUAGCAGCGUCGGUUCACUUGGCGAGGUUGUUCUUGGCUGAUCCGGAGUUGAAGCCCAAGUCUCUACCUCGAUCUCCUGCGGGUGCUGGGACUGAGGCAGAGAAGGUCGAAUCAAGUGUUGAGGCGAGUUUGAGUGGCAAAGCUCGGGACUUGAGCUCGGUCAGUCUUGCAGAGGGUUUACUGACGACGACGACAAAAGGUAACGGUUGGGACACCAGCGAAGCUUGGUUGUUCCUAGGUCAAGCUGUUGGCAAGAGUGGGAGGGCGGAGAGAGCGCGAGAGUGUUUCGAGUAUGCGCUGCAAUUGGAGAAUACCAAGCCGAUCAGGCCGUUGACGAUUGCUUUGCUGCGAUGA